AUGACAGCAAGCGGCAAGCAUGGAGAACAAAUAUCCCAAACAAUACCAGACAAUGACAUGAACCAGCCCCACAAAAAGCGAUCUUUUUUUCGUAGUACCCUAUUCCAAAUCCUCGUCGUUGGUCUUUGCGCCUUUUGUGCCCCAGGGAUAUGGAGCGCCAUGAACGGGCUGGGCGUGGGUGGCUCACAAAGCCCUAACCUAGUGAACGCCGCAAACGCCCUGCUCUACGCCUUCAUGACGGUAACCUGUUUCGCCGGCCCCUGGCUAACUAACAUGAUCGGGUUCCGCUACACAUUGGCGAUUGGCUCGAUCGGCUACCCACUCUACGCAGCAGGUCUGUACCUGAACAACCGCACCGGCGCAACCUGGCUAGUCUAUCUUGGCUCUAUAACCUGCGGUCUCAGCGCCGGCUUCUUCUGGAGCGUCGAAGGAGCCAUCGCAACUGGCUAUCCAGAACAACACAAACGAGGUCGCUACAUCGCCACGUGGUUCACAUUCCGGAAUUUCGGAAACAUCAUCGGCGGAGCCAUAUCCCUGGGAAUCAACCACAAUGUCAACCAACGGGGGCAAGUAGGUUACCAAACCUAUCUCGGCUUCAUCGCGAUUCAAUGCUUGGGUCUAGUUUUCGGUCUUCUCCUAUCGAAUCCAGAGAAAGUCCAACGCGACGAUGGAACUCACAUCGAGGCACCCAGGAGCAUAGAUUGGCGGACAGAACUCCGCGCCAUGUGGCGUCUCGCCCGAAGCAAAUCCAUUCUCCUCCUCACUCCCCUGUUCUGGUACUUCGGCUGGAUCCAAGCCUACCCGGGUACAUACCUGGCAACCUACUUCACAGUUCGCUCCCGGGCCCUCGGCAGCUUCCUCUCGGCCGUAGUCGGUACACUAGCUACCUGGCUGGGUGGUACGCUCGUCGACCUGCCCUGGCUUCCAAACAGGAAGGCAAGAGCGAUAACCACAUACGUCCUCAUUGCAGCUAUGAACACCACAACUUGGAUAUGGGCCGUGAUUAUCCAAAACGAAUACCGACAUACAAAGCCAGUUUUGGAUUGGGCGGAUCAAAGUGCGUUUGGGCGCGGCUUUGGGGUCUACAUGUUCGAGCGGAUUAGUUUGGGCAUGGUGGAGAAUUAUAUCUACUGGUGUAUUGGGAAUCUGUCGGAUUCACCGGGGGAUCAGAUUAGAUACAGCUCUUUGUUAAGGGGGAUUGAGACUGCUGGUGUGGCGGUUGGGUUUGGGGUGCAGGCUGUGCCGACGGCUUUGAUUGUUACUGCGGCUAUUAAUCUGGGGUUGUGGUGUUUUGCAUUGCCAUUUAGUUAUUAUGCUACCUUGGGAGUUGUGAGGAAGUUCACGAAGAUGGGGUUAGUAGGGCAAGAAGAGCGACCUGUAUCUACGUCUGGGGCAAGAAAUUGA